GCCAUGGAAGAUGGGACAUCAUGUUCCUUUAGCUGCCCGCUGUUCCAGCAGGAAGACAGGAGAGGCCUCACCUACCGGAUCCCAGCCCUGCUCUACAUCCCCCCUGCCCGAACCUUCUUGGCCUUUGCAGAGAAACGCUCCACGUGCAGAGAUGAGGAUGCUCUCCACUUGGUGCUGCGGCGAGGGUCGAGGACUGGGCAGUUAGUUCAGUGGGGGCCCUUGGAGUCACUGAUGGAAGCCACAUUACCUGGACACCGGACCAUGAACCCCUGUCCUGUGUGGGAGAGGAAGAGUGGCUGUGUGUACUUGUUCUUCAUCUGUGUGCGAGACCAUGUCACCGAGCGGCAACAGAUUGUGUCAGGCAGGAACGCUGCCCGCCUCUGCUUAAUCUGUAGUAACGAUGCUGGGUGCUCAUGGAGUGAGGUGAGGGAUCUGACUGAGGAGGUCAUCGGCCCAGAGAUGAAGCACUGGGCCACAUUUGCUGUGGGCCCUGGUCAUGGCAUCCAGCUGCAGUCAGGAAGGCUGGUCAUCCCUGCAUACACCUAUUACAUCCCUUAUUGGAUCUUUUGCUUCCAGCUAUCCUGUAAAACUAAACCUCAUUCUCUGAUGAUCUACAGUGAUGACCUAGGUGCCACAUGGCAUCAUGGCAAGCUCAUUAGGCCCACGGUGACAGUGGAGUGUCAGGUGGCAGAGGUGACUGGGAGGGCUGGCCAACCCGUGCUGUACUGCAGUGCCCGGACACCAAAUAGGCAUCGGGCAGAAGCUCUAAGCACUGACCAUGGUGAAAGCUUUCAGAGAUCAGCCCUGAACUGCCAGCUUUGUGAGCCCCCACGUGGCUGCCAAGGCAGCGUGGUGAGUUUCUGGGUCCUGAAGCACGCACAUAAGUGCCAGGACCCUUGUGGCCAAGAUGUUCCCACAGUUCAGCAGAGCCCCCUACUAGAUAGCUCACUAAGACUAGAGCAGGAAGCUGGAACACUGUCAGAAUCAUGGCUCUUGUACUCACACCCAACUAAUAAAAAACGGAGGAUCAACUUCGGCAUCUACCUCAACCAGGCCCCCUUGGAGGCCACCUCCUGGUCCCGUCCCUGGAUUUUGCACUAUGGGCCCUGUGGCUACUCUGAUAUGGCUGCUGUGGAGGAGGGAUUAUUUGGCUGCUUGUUUGAGUGUGGAAUCAAGCGGGAAUGUGAGCAGAUUGCCUUCUGCCUGUUUACAGUCCAAGAUAUCCUGACUCACGUGCAGGAGGACCACACUAGUCCUGGUAGGAACCCUGAACCAGUUCAGGACUAA